UCUGACAAAAUAUUUUUAUUGAAGUUCUCAUUUCCUAACCCUACCUUGUAUCUCUCUUUCAUUCUGCCUCGUCCUCUCUGAUGAAACGAUUCUCACUCUUCUUCUCUCGCCUCUCCGCCUACCCCGACCUCGUCCCCGUACAUCUCCCUCAAUCUCCUGAAGACGCUGCGCCUUCGGGGAAGACGACGACGCCGCAUCUCUCUACCUCACGCUGACGGCAAGGGACUCGGGUUCUCAGCCACGGGGAAGACGCCACGAGGUCUAGCAUAAACAAUCUUUGACGGGUCAGGAGCAGAUUGGUGUAAGGCCACUAAAACAGUCGAAGGUCUUCUACUCUAGCACCAGCACGCACACGCAGCUAGCUUUCUCCUCUGUCACGAACGGUUCAGACUUCAAAUAUUUUGGUGGUUAGCUCUUGUUUAGUCGGGUACCAGUGAACUUUUUUUUAAUAGGCCUUGUCUCCAUUCAUUCUUAAUUCAAUAAUUGACUCGCUGUUUUAUCACCGUUGAAGAAUCGUUCUUGAAUAGUUAUUAUUCAAUUUCAGAAGGGCCCAGUAGAAAAUGGCUGAAGGAGAGGAAGAUUUACCCAGGGAUGCAAAGAUUGUGAAAUCACUCUUGAAAUCAAUGGGUGUGGAGGACUAUGAACCUCGUGUUAUUCACCAAUUCUUGGAGCUUUGGUAUCGCUAUGUUGUUGAUGUUCUAACUGAUGCACAGGUUUACUCAGAGCAUGCAGGCAAAGGUGCAAUCGACUCUGAUGAUGUAAAGCUUGCCAUUCAAUCCAAAGUUAAUUUCAGCUUCUCACAACCCCCUCCAAGGGAGGUCCUACUGGAGCUUGCUAGAAACCGAAACAAGGUUCCAUUGCCAAGGUCAAUUGCAGGGCCUGCUAGUGUUCCGCUCCCUCCUGAACAGGACACAUUAAUCAGCCCCAAUUACCAGCUGGCAAUCCCGAGGAGACAAUCUGCUCAGGCAGCUGAAGAAACAGAGGAAGAUGAUGAAGCUGUUGAUCCGGCAGUGGCAACAUCCCAACAAGAACAGAAGACAGCAGAUGUGCCACCGCAGUCACAGAGGGUGUCCUUCCCCCUUGUGAAACGCACCAAGUGAAUUUUCCUCUACGUUCACUACUUAGGUUGGUUAGUCUAUGAGGAUUCGAACGUGUAAAUACAAUUACCACCAAGUAUUGAUUUGUUACGAUUUUUAUAAUGCAUAAGAAAGUAUUGUUAUAAAGAAAAUGCUGGCUGGUACCACUGAUUCAGGGCAUCACAACUAAUACAAGGGAUAAUAUCUAUAUAAAAAUUUAAAAGCGAGGAAUAUUUAAGUACCCAAUA